AUGAUGACAGUCCAAGGAACAUCAGAUAAUUUAGACAUAGAUUAUUUAAUUAAUCGCCUUCUUAAUGUUGGCGAGGUUGGCGGGCGGCUAACGGUUCAAGUUGCUGAAGAAGAAAUUUGUCAGCUAUGCCAAAAAGCAAAAGAAGUUUUUAUGAGUCAAAGUAGCCUAAUUGAACUGGAACCGCCAAUGGUAGUUUGCGGCGAUAUUCAUGGUCAGUAUCAAGAUUUGCUUCGCAUAUAUGAUAAGAAUGGUUUUCCGCCUGAAACCAACUAUCUAUUUCUCGGUGAUUAUGUAGAUCGUGGAAAACAAAGUAUCGAAACAAUCUGCCUUCAAUUUUGCUAUAAAAUCAAAUUUCCGGAAAAUUUUUUCUUAUUACGUGGAAACCAUGAAACAUCAACAAUAAACCGUGUUUAUGGUUUCUUCGAUGAAUGCAAUCGCCGUUACCAUUCCACUCGGUUAUGGAAUGCUUUUCAAGAGACUUUUAAUUGCAUGCCUUUCUGUGCUUAUAUUGGUGGACGAAUUUUGUGCAUGCACGGUGGUUUAUCCCCUCAUCUCAAAAAUCUUAACCAAAUUAGGAACCUAUCACGGCCAGUUGAUCCACCAAAUCCUUCAAUGGAACUUGAUAUACUUUGGUCAGAUCCUGAUCAAUGGGCUAAAGGAUGGCAAAUGAAUACAAGAGGUGCAUCAUAUACCUUCGGUCAAGAUAUUGUUAUAGAAUUUUGUCAGAAACAUGAUAUCGAUCUCAUAGUGCGCGCACAUCAGGUCGUUCAGAAUGGUUAUGAAUUUUUUGCAGACCGAAAGCUUGUAACAAUAUUUUCAGCACCACAUUAUUGCGGUGAAUUCGAUAAUUCUGGUGGAACAAUGAAAAUAUCGGAAGAUUUAACUUGCUCGUUUCAAAUUUAUCGUCCAGCGAGUAAAACAGCUGUUUUGAUGGCGAAAAAAGCAGCCAGAAGUACUUGA